AUGAGUCUGAUAGGAAAGACAAUCGCAAAACGCAUUAGUACGGCUUCCGCUGACGUUCACACGGUCGAAGUGAAAAGGAUGUUACGCGAAGUGUCAGCGGUUGUUCGACAUGUAUUUUGUGUAAUUGCACGUUUUCGUGCACUGAACAGUGUACUCGUCAGUAAUGCUGCUGACUCGUAUGGCGGCGAGUCGGAUAUGUCGGACCGCGCCAUCUACGACCGUAGCCCCUUGGCAACCGGAUCGAGUCGAGUGGUAACCGACUGUGCAAUGCUAAAUCGCUUUGAUGAGCGUUGCUGGUUUCGUUCAAGAAGCGGUUUGCGACACGAUCCAGGUGUGUCGAUGCGAUGGCUGUUGCUUGACUGCUCACUGACCCAGUUGCUGACCCAGUUGACGUCGUACAAGACGAACCGACCGACCGACAGGCAGCCUCAGUGCGAGUAA